CUGACUUUCGCUUCUCCCUGGUGCUCUGUUUCUCUGACUUUAGCUUCUCCUUCAAGAGACAACAAUAGAUUGGAGGAGCAGCUGCAGGUACUCCCAGUUUCUCAACCCCCAUGAUUAUCACUUGUGUUGACAGAAUUCGAUCAAGAUCUCCAGCACAAUGCUAAGAAGAACUUGAUCGGGUUAAAGUUGGUUGCCAAAUUGUGGAAUCAGGCUGCCAGUCACGAUGUUUGGUUUUUGGAGUAAUUCUCAUCAUGGUCAGGAGGAUGAUCCAUUACCAGCCGAGUUAAAGACCAAUGAGCUUAAGGCUGCAAUCGGACCCCAAUCUGGUCGUAGUCUACAGUAUUGCAGUGAUGCAUGCUUGAGGAGAUAUUUGGAAGCUCGGAAUUGGAAUUUAGAGAAAUCAAAGAAAAUGUUGGAAGAGACUCUCAAUUGGAGAUCAACCUAUAAGCCUGAGGAAAUCCAAUGGAAUGAAGUUGCAAUUGAAGGGGAGACUGGAAAAGUAUACAGGGCAAAUUUUCAUGACCGGCAUGGCAGGACUGUUCUUAUACUUAGACCAGGAAUGCAGAACACGAAAUGUUUAGAUAGUCAGAUGCGGCAUCUAGUGUAUCUCAUAGAGAAUGCUGUUCUUAACCUUCCAGAGGGUCAAGAACAGAUGUCAUGGUUGAUAGAUUUCACUGGGUGGUCCUUAAGCACCAGUGUGCCCAUCAAAUCUGCUCGAGAUACUAUCAAUAUUUUGCAGAACCACUAUCCUGAGAGGCUAGGCGUGGCAUUUCUCUACAAUCCCCCACGGAUUUUUGAAGCAUUUUGGAAGAUCGUCAAAUACUUCUUGGAUGCCAAGACAUUCCAGAAGGUGAAGUUUGUGUACCCUAAAAACAAAGAGAGUGUGGAGCUCAUGAGUUCAUAUUUCGACGAGGAAAAUCUUCCUACAGAGUUUGGAGGGAAGGCCAUACUGAACUAUGACCACGAGGAGUUCACCAGACUAAUGACUCAAGAUGAUGCAAAAACUGCUGCCUUUUGGGGAUUUGACAAGCCCAAGCACGUUGGCAAUGGAUAUUCAGCAUCUGAGGUGGCUCCAGAGCCGGUGAGCUGACGCUCCCCACAUAUUUGGCAUAAUAAAGUCGUAAAAUUCUCUCCAAGCCUCCAUGCUUGUCCACUGACUAAAAGAGAUGAUAACUUAGAGCGGCCGUAAGCCAUGUUCCGGCUUAGGAUAUCAUGAACACAUUCAAUUUGAACUCCUUACUAUUUAGCAGGGAAAAUUAUCUAUCUUCAUGUAUACUUCAUCUCCUUCCCACUUGUCCCUGCAGAAACUAUAAGAAAUGAAAUAGGCAUAUGCCAGCGUCCUUUAAGUAAA